AUGAGUGAACCGGCGGACGACUACAAGUCCUUCUUCUGCACCAAUGGGCUGACCUGGACCUGGCGGGAUGGCUCGGACAUCAGUCCAGGCUGCCCUCACGCGCAUCCAAUCAUUUCUUCCUGCCAAUCGAAGUCCUCACGCGCAUCCAAUCAUUCCUUCCUGCCAAUCGAAGUCCUCACGCGCAUCCAAUCAUUCCUUCCUGCCAACGAGCUGGUCAACUUUGCCCUGGUGAACAGUGACUGUCGUCAAAUAGCACGUUCCAUCUGGUUCGAAACGCUGGUAUUUGAUUAUGACUUUAAACGAUUAAGACUCAGUGAAUCGCGCCAGUCCUCGGCGCUCAACUUAGGUGCCUGCAUACGUCGUAUGGUGGUCGCCACGAAUGGUGAAUGCUUCCAGUCUCUCCAUGCGACGGAAUACGACACUCUUGAGAGAGUCAGUGGAGAUGAGAAGGAGCAGCAGCUACAAAGAGCUGCAGAUUACUACUUUGGAUCCUACAUUCCCUCACUCACGUACAUUGUUGGCCGGUGUCUGCCUAAUCUGGAAUUACUAGACUGGCGAGACAAGUUGAAAAUUGGCCCAAAGCUGCUGCAGACCGCCCUCCAGUCUCCUAUUCUGCAUCUGAGGCUCAACGGAACGAUAAUUAACCAAGAACUAAUCGAAGCAUUCAGGAAGAUCGAGCCACAGCACACCAGCAGAUUGCAGACUCUCGACAUCGAGCUUUCCAAAGGAAAAUUCGGUCACCAAGCAGGGCAUUCAUUCGACCUUGUCGCCCGAAUGUCGAAGUAUUGCAACUCGUCAUUGAGGACAUUCCGCUGGAAUGGAGUCUACACCCGUUUGGGAGACGGAGAAGAGGCUGGCGAAUCCCCAGAGCCGCUACCUCCUCUCCUCAACAUUCGAGACCUCACUCUCACGUCGCUGAGAAUGCGUUCGCCGAAAGACGUUCAAGCGCUGCUGCCCUCAGGGCUUGCCUGCAAACUUGUGCGUCUCGAAGUGGAUUCUCCUGAUGUGUACACGGUCCAACAUAUAGACACCUUCACCGAGAUUCCCACACUCAAAGAACUCGCGUUAACGAAUAUCAUGGGAGUGCCGCUCUCAUUAAUCGAAGCAAACUCGCAGCUAGACUUGUUGAGCAUCAUCGUUUGUGAUGACCAAGCUGAUAUCAUGGACAACACGCUACUCCCCUUGCUUUGUCGCCGUUUCCAUAACCUACGGUCUCUUGCAAUUGAGUAUGGCAGUGCUAGGACACAAGUGUCGAACUCUGCCUUACAGUACAUCAGCCAGCUGAAAAGUCUUGAAAGGCUCCACCUUUCAGCUGGUGAGCGCUAUCUCUGGAGGAAAACAUGGCUGGUUGACCAUCAUGCCAUCCGACAGUGCGUUAGACAGCUGCCGAAGCUGAAGUCACUUGCCUUGAGCCGUGACACAUACCACCCCGAUAUCUCCAACACAAACGGCGAUCAUUAUGAGCGCUACUACACAAGUCCUGAUCUCCUCACUGCUCGAGAUUCGAAGGAGCACCAAUUGAUCUCGCGUCGGUAUGAUGAGUUAACCGGUGGCAAUUUCGAAGGGGAGUUGAAAUGGAAGUUUGAGAUGAUACAUCGGCGACGAAUGCUAUUGAAAGCAUACAAGUAUAUCUAUUUGAGGUACGAGGAUGGCCCGAGCCUAGACUCCCUAUAUUUCGGAGAGCUGCCCGCAAGUAUGCCCUCUUUCGAAAUCCUGUGA